AUGGGCAACCAGGUGGAGAAACUGACCCACCUAAGUUACAAGGAAGUUCCCACGGCCGACCCCACCGGCGUGGACCGAGACGAUGGGCCCCGCAUAGGAGUCUCUUACAUUUUCUCCAACGACGACGAGGACGUGGAACCGCAGGCGCCGCCCCAGGGGCCCGAUGGCGGAGCUUUGCCGGACUCGGGGGACCGGGUCCCCCUGCCCCCGCCGCAGCCCUACGACCCUCGGCAGCACGAGGUGGAAUGCUCGGUGUUCUAUCGCGACGAGUGCAUCUAUCAGAAGAGCUUCGCGCCGGGCUCGGCGGCGCUGAGCACCUACACCCCGGAGAACCUGCUCAACAAGUGCAGUCCGGGCGACCUGGUGGAGUUCGUGUCCCAGGCGCAGUACCCGCACUGGGCGGUCUACGUGGGCAAUUUCCAGGUCGUGCACCUGCACCGCCUGGAGGUGAGCAACAGCUUCCUGACCGACGCCAGCCAGGGGCGGCGCGGCCGCGUGGUCAACGAUCUGUACCGCUACAAGCCGCUGAGCCCCAGCGCCGUGGUGCGCAACGCGCUGGCGCACGUGGGCGCCAAGGAGCGCGAGCUCAGCUGGCGCAACUCGGAGAGCUUUGCCGCCUGGUGCCGCUAUGGCAAGCGCGAGUUCAAGAUCGGUGGCGAGCUGCGCAUCGGGAAGCAGCCCUACCGGCUGCAGAUUCAGCUCUCGGCUCAGCGCAGCCACACUCUCGAGUUCCAGAGCCUGGAGGACUUGAUCAUGGAGAAGCGGCGUAAUGACCAAAUCGGACGCGCGGCGGUGCUGCAGGAGCUCGCCACGCACCUGCACCCGGCUGAGCCGGAUGAGGGCGACUGCAGCGAUGCGGCUCGGACUACACCGUCCCCCCUGCGCCCCCCUGCGCCGGCCUCCGAGGAAGAGGAUGGAGACUCGGUGGUGCACUGA